AUGGAUAAGUCAGCCCUUUGGUCAACAUGUCAGGACCACCGGAUGACGUCAACUUCGCCGACAUCAAAUAGUAGUAAAAAUAGUGGAAACAAUUCAAACCCAGCUGUUUAUGGAGAUAAGAAUAGUCCUAGCCAGCCUAGGCAGUUUAAAAAUGCUAACACGGGUGACAAUAAUCUCACUUUGGGACAUGAUAGUGUUGCCAAAAUUGACAAAGGAGGCCUGAAAAAUAAUGCUAUAAGGCUUGAUAAUGGUCAGUAUCAAGAUACACAGGUUCAAGGUUCUGCUGGAAAUAACAUUGCACCUACCAAUGCAGGAAACAGACAAAGUCUAGCACAAAUAAACUUUUUGUUCAACCCCGCUAGGCAGGAUCUGAUAGGUUCAAUAUUAAAUAACUAUCUGACAUACAAUAACCAGAUUGCUGCCCCUAAUAGCAAUGGUAAUCCCUUGAGUAAUACUAACCAGAAUGACAGCUCUCAUACAGAUUCGGCCCCAAAAUCUCAGCUGGUUGAUGCAACUUACCCCAGUUAUUAUUUGAACCAUCAAGAUCCAUCUAUUAAUGGUCAGCCGAAUAUUGGAAGUGAUGGAAUUAGACCUCGAGGGGAUAGCUUCUUUUUACCUCCGCCAAUUAAUUCUCAAAUACGCCUGAAUAGUAGCGACUAUGAAAACAAUCCAAAUCAACGCCAAAGCAAUUCUUCGAGAUCGAAUAGCAUAUUUAGUUCACUCAUUCAAAUACCAGGAUCUGGAAAUAAUUCUGUAAGUGACGCAUCACAUGGUGACUUACAAAGGGCGAAUAAUGCUAAUGGUGUGAAUGUGGGCAACAACAAUAAUAACGAUAUUUCUGCAGGCGGAAAUAAAACAAAAUUAAACCAACCCAUAAUCACUACAUCGAAUGGUCAAGGAGGAAGUUUUCUGAUCCCUUUGGCUGAAUUUGAAGAAAGUUUGGGAAAUUUCUUAGCCUUGCAACAAGAUCCCAAAGGAUCGCUUCUGGGUGUUAAAUCAAAGCGUGGUUCUGUAGAUUAUCCCAUAAGUAAUUCAUUUUGGGAUGGUUUGAAUAAUGGCUUUGCGGGAUCUAUAAGUGGUAUGCCGCUCAGUGGCAGUAUAAGUGGUAUGCCGCUCAGUGGCAGUAUAAGUGGUAUUCUUGCUGGAAUUGCCAACGGCAGCAUUGAUUUCAGUAACAUGAAUGAAGAGCAAAGAAGAGAUUCGAUUUUAAAAAUUAUAAAUGACCAACAGAAUACUCAACCUCAGAGGUCACUGGAAGGUAAUACGAAUGUUCCUAAUACCAAAUUAAGAGAAGAUAUAUUUGAUACUAAAACAAGUAAGCCUGGGUACAAUAAAGUUUAUAAUGAAAAGACUCCUAACUAUAAUGAUAAUAAUUUGAAAGUGAAAGGCGAGCAUGUUUCACCUAGUUCUUCUAUGUCUUCUACUUCUUCGACCAGGUAUAACGACGAACCACAAUCACCGAAAACUUCUCCUUCGUCUUACCACGCUAACUUGAAUCAAACAUCUUUACCACAAAACUUUAAUCAAAUACAAAAACAAGCGUAUCCUACGUUAGAUCAACAAAGUUACGUAACUCCACAAGUCCGACAGCAAUAUGACUACGGCCAGGGUCGAACCAAUGCUGUUGGUGGUUUUCCACCAGAUGGUAUUAAAAACCAAGGUAUAUUUAAUCAAAAUAAUUUACCGAAUUAUCAACCAAUGCAACAACCGCAGCAACCACAACCACAACCACAACCGCAACAACAACAAUUGCAACAACAGCAACAGUAUUAUACGCAAUUACAAAAUUAUCAACCCCAACAAAAUCAGCCACUUCAACAGCAAUAUCAGCCCGGACAGGUUGUUCCUUCUGGAACUACGAGCACUGAACAAAAUGAACCUAACGAACAUGAAAAAGAUCUUGUUCCGGCACAACAAUUUGUCAAAGCGGAAGAUGGACGUCCCUUAUUAGGAGCAACAAAAAUAGAUCAAUUAAUGUUGGUUAUACAAGCUCGUGAAAAAGGAGUAAACAACCCUAUUCCCCAAGGACCAGAUGGAAGUAUAUUAGCUUCACCAGAAAUUAAACAGGAGAAUGGAGUUAUUCCACAACCUAUAAAUUUGGUUGGUGGUGUUGAUAAACCACAGAAAGAUAAAUUGGACGGAGAUAUGUUUGAAAAUGAAGAUGAUUCGUCUGGCUCAAAGAAAAAGAAAGCAAAAAAUAAGCAAUGCCCUUACUGCUUCAAAUAUUUUACUCAGUCCACACAUUUAGAGGUUCAUGUUAGAUCUCAUAUUGGAUAUAAGCCUUUUGAAUGUUCAUAUUGUCAUAAAAGAUUUACCCAGGGUGGUAAUUUAAGAACUCAUUUACGUUUGCAUACGGGUGAGAAGCCUUUCACCUGUGAUGUGUGUAAGCGUUCUUUCAGUCGUAAGGGAAAUUUAGCGGCUCAUAAAUUAACACAUGAGAAUUUAAAGCCCUACGAAUGUAAAUUGGACAACUGUGAUAAAUCUUUUACUCAAUUAGGGAAUUUGAAGUCACAUCAAAAUAGGUUCCAUUUAUCUACUCUUAAUGAGCUAACGCAUAAGUUGGCUGAAUUACGUAGAGAGGAGAUAGAUAGUUUACCGAAGGAUGAAAAGGACCUACUUAAUUACUUCAAAGAUUUAUAUAAGAAUUCAAAUAAAGGAAUUCUUGGUAGAGGUAAGAGAAUAAAGCCCAUAAGCGAGUUAAAUGAUUCAAAGAUUGAGCCAUCAUGGUGA